CUUCCGAGCCACGACACUCAUCAUCUUCCACUUCUCAACCAUCCGUACACACGGGACAAAGAGUCAAAUCAAUAUUGCAAGAAAUUAUGACUACACCAUAUGCCACCUCGUCACAAAGCCAGGGCUACUAUCCUCCUCUCCCGGCGCACCCUCCAGCGCAACAAUCUACGCCAGACCCGUCCCAAGUCGCGAGUACAUCUGCGCCAGCACAGGCAACUGCGCAAUCAUCGCGCCAAACUGCCGAGGAGGCACGGAAGGACAGGACGUUGGCUGAGUUUCUUCUCAUGCUGGACGAUUAUGAGCCCUUGGUCCCGAACGAGGUCACGGACUACUAUCUUCAGCGGGUUGGGUUUGAAUGCGAGGAUGUUCGACUGAAACGUCUUCUGUCCCUCGCUGCACAGAAGUUCGUGUCUGAUAUCGCCGCAGACGCGUAUCAACACGCCCGUAUACGUGCCAACGCGGUAGGUGGUAGGGCUCGCGCUCAGCCGACUGGCCCUGCGUCAGCGAGGGACAAGACGAAGACCACACUCAUGAUGGAGGAUCUCAGUGCGGCUCUGACUGAGUAUGGCAUAACUUCUCGCAAGCCCGAGUAUUAUUUGUAAUGUAGACGCCAAGGUGCGGACUGGUCUGUAUGAUGUGUACUAAUAUGGCUCGAUCUUUCGCUAUGCAAUGACAUAUGACAAUGACACUACG